AUGCUUUCCUUUUCGCCUCUAACCAAUGCGCUGGCGUAUGCGCCUCAAAAACCUCUUACAGAGAUACAACCAGACGAUGGUCUACAUUCAGGCGCUCAGAGUGGCCUCUCCGUCGAGGCCGGCCUCAAAGACAGCAAUGCGACGGAGUUGUGGAGCUGGUCGCCACCCGUCGAGACAUUGCAGGACCUCCUCGGCGCGCUGCGUGACAUGCAAGACCAUUAUUUUGUGCUGUGGAUGGGUACUUGGCCGACCAGCAUCGACUGGACCGCUGCGGUUCUGGGAACCCAUGUCGUCGCAACACUGUCGUCGUAUACCUCUUCUUUGUCCAGCGAUGCCGAUGCUGAACAGUCGCCCAAGCCAAUUUCUCUUGCAGCUGAGAAUACGGUCAAUACUUAUUUCAGCCAAAUGGCGACCUUCUAUUUUGGCGAGAAUGCUUUCAGUCUGAGGAACCAGGCUUACGACGAUAUGCUAUGGGUUGUGCUGGACUGGCUGGAGAAUGUCAAGUUCCAGGACCUGCACACGGAUCUUCACUACUCGUCGCCCAAUUCGACCUCGAAGCAAGAUUGGUAUGGGACUCAGUUCCGGCACUCUGCCGCGCACCGAGCCCGGGUCUUCUACGAGCUGGCAUCUGCGGGAUGGGACAAGUCUCUUUGCGGCGGGGGCAUGAUCUGGAAUCCGACUUUGAUCCCCUACAAGAACGCCAUCACGAAUGAGCUCUAUAUAUCUGCAAGCAUUGCGAUGUACCUAUACUUUCCCGGGGACCCCAUCGACUCGCCGUUUAUUGCCAACUCACAAUCCAAUCGGACAUACCCGCACAAUCCUACUCACCUCAAAGCCGCCGUCGAUGCCUAUGCAUGGCUUAAGAAAUCCAACAUGACUGGCGCUGGUGGUCUUUACGCCGACGGAUUCCACAUCAGCGGCUGGCAAAGCUCGUCCAACCCUGGCUCCAAGAAAUGCGACGAGCUCAACAAGAUGGUCUACACCUACAACCAAGGGGUCGUUCUCAGCGGGCUGAGGGGACUCUGGCUUGGUACUGGUAACCAGGACUACCUACGUGAUGGUCACGAACUCGUUCACAAAGUUCUUCGGGCCACCGGUUGGCCACAAACCAAGUCGAACAAAUGGGCGGGCCUCGGACGCGGCGGCGUACUGGAAGAGGCCUGCGACUCGCAUGCCAGCUGCUCGCAAAAUGGUCAAACCUUCAAGGGAAUCCUCUUCCACCAUCUGACUGAAUUCUGCCGGCCGCUUCGCCCUCAGGAGGAGCGCUUUUUGGCGGAUGGGAAACGCCAGCCCAUUGCCGAUGAAGAAUGGGAUGAGGUAUACGCUCGCCAUCUUAUACGGUGCCGUGCCUAUGGACCUUGGGUUGAACAUAAUGCCCGUGCUGCAUUGGUGACCCGCGACGAUGAUGGGAAGUUUGGUACCUGGUGGGGAGUUCCUUUCCGGCAGUCGACCUCUGCUCUCGAAGAGACAAUGUCUAGUAGCAGCCUACCAGCUGGUGCUGUGGAUUACCGUAAUUUCGAUGUCACCUUCGAUGCUUCGAUAAUGGAUGGCGUGCCGCGUGACUUCAAUGAUCGCGGACGGGGUCGGACUGUUGAGACUCAGUCUGGUGGUGUUGCGGUCCUCCGUGCUCUGUUCCAGUGGCAGACCACCGCUGCCCUUUCCUGA